UGCCUAUUCCUUUUCAUCUUAUGCGCUAAUCAAAACUCUCCCACUUUCUUCUUCUUCAUUUUAGAGAAAAGCAAAGGAAAAAGGAAAAAAUAUAAAUAUUGAGCUUUGUGUUCUAGGUGAUAUAGUAGCAUGCCAGGGGGUGGAUUCUCAUCGGUGCCACCGACGGGGGUGGAGCUCGAAGCUAAGAUAACUCCCAUCGUUAUCAUUUCUUGUAUAAUGGCCGCCACCGGUGGCCUUAUGUUCGGUUAUGACGUCGGUGUUUCUGGUGGCGUUACAUCCAUGCCCGACUUCUUGCAAAAAUUCUUCCCAGUUGUUUAUCGAAGAACCAAUGACCCUGGAAUCAAUGGAAAUUACUGCAAAUAUGACAACCAAGGCCUGCAAUUGUUCACUUCAUCGCUUUAUUUGGCUGGUUUAACUGCCACUUUUUUUGCCUCCUACACCACAAGGAGCCUUGGUCGGCGGCUGACGAUGUUGAUUGCUGGUUUCUUUUUCAUUGUUGGUGUUGUUCUUAAUGCUGCUGCUCAAGACCUAGCCAUGCUUAUUAUUGGCAGGAUAUUGCUUGGUUGCGGUGUUGGUUUUGCUAAUCAGGCUGUGCCACUGUUCCUAUCAGAGAUAGCACCCACAAGAAUUCGUGGAGGGUUAAACAUAUUAUUCCAGCUUAAUGUCACCAUUGGAAUUCUCUUUGCCAAUCUUAUCAACUACGGGACUGCCAAAAUUGAGGGGGGAUGGGGUUGGAGACUAUCAUUGGGAUUGGCUGGUAUUCCAGCACUUCUCCUAACCGUGGGGGCCCUCCUGGUGGUUGACAGUCCUAACAGUCUCAUUGAGCGUGGUCACCUGGAAGAAGGAAAGGCUGUGCUCAGAAGGAUCCGGGGCACAGAUAAUAUUGAGCCUGAGUUCCUGGAGCUUGUCGAGGCAAGUCGUGUGGCUAAACAAGUGAAACACCCUUUUAGGAAUCUCCUUAAACGGAGGAACCGCCCCCAACUUGUCAUUGCAAUUGCCCUGCAGAUCUUCCAACAAUGUACCGGGAUCAAUGCAAUCAUGUUUUAUGCUCCAGUCCUGUUUGACACACUGGGAUUUGGCAAUGAUGCUGCCCUUUACUCUGCUGUUAUAACUGGGGCUGUCAAUGUGCUAUCCACCAUUGUUUCCAUUUACUCAGUUGACAAAGUGGGCCGUCGCGUGCUGUUGCUUGAAGCUGGUGUCCAGAUGUUUUUCUCUCAAGUAGUAAUAGCAAUUAUUCUAGGAAUCAAGGUUAAAGAUCAUUCUGAUGAUCUCCAUAGAGGUUUUGCAAUCCUAGUAGUUGUUAUGGUAUGUACUUUCGUGUCAGCUUUUGCAUGGUCUUGGGGGCCUCUUGGUUGGCUGAUCCCUAGUGAAACAUUCCCCCUGGAGACCCGCUCGGCAGGGCAGAGUGUGACUGUUUCCGUUAAUUUGCUCUUUACCUUUGUUAUAGCUCAGGCUUUCCUCUCAAUGCUCUGCCAUUUCAAGUUUGGAAUCUUCUUGUUCUUCUCUGGCUGGGUCCUAAUCAUGUCAAUCUUUACGCUGUUCCUACUACCGGAGACAAAAAAUGUUCCAAUUGAAGAGAUGACUGAGAGAGUGUGGAAGCAACACUGGUUUUGGAAGAGAUUCAUGGAUGAUGAUCAUCAGGGAGCAGCUGUUACCAAUGGUGAUACUGCAAAGAAAAAUGGACAUGCUAAUGGAUUUGAUCCAACUUCCCAGUUGUAAAUUUGAGAUCUUUCUCAUUUCUAGAAUGAAUAGACGCAUUAGGGAAUAGAAAAUAGAUAUAGGAAUCAAAGAAAUGUACGGUUAGUGUCAUUUGAAAUUCCCGGUGAAAUUAUUGUGAAAGUAUUUGAUGUAUAAUGGUUGCUAUCAAAAAUCAAUCGUUGUGAAAUAGUUAUUACAGUAGGGAAUUUUUUCCUGCUGAGAUAUAAUCAUUCAUUCACAGAAUUUUAAUCUGCAGUUGAUCUUAGAUCACUAUGUUAAAUCAAAAUAAUCUUAAUUUCCAAUUUCUCUCUGCUCUAACCCAAAGAUGAGAGCAAAUUCUCUAGAUGAAUUACUCUUGUUGAUCUGCUAUUGGUGUAUUUUCAUCCUUAACCAAUGUAAUUCCCUGUUAGGAAAUUAUCAUCGACAAAGUUAUCAUUUACUGGGUACCAAAUGAAAUCCUAAAAGGAUCAGAGAUGAGAGAACAACACGCACAUUAUAUUAGGAUGGCCACAUGUAACCCCAUAUUGUCCAAACUUGAAGGUU